AAAAAAAAAAAGGAAAAAAAAAAAAAAGGAAAAAAAAAAAAGAAAAAAAAAAAACAUUUGACACUAAUUUUGUUGCCCCCCGCUAUUCUAUCCCAAACACUUUAAAAGCGUUCGUUCGUCCACCACCACCAAUUCUCCUUCGCGUCUUCUUCGACAACUUCUCCCUGUGCCAGUUGCAUAGCCUCAUUGUCCUUCUCUUCCUUUCCACCACUCUCUAUAUCCAGUUGCCAACCUAACCACCAUGAUUAUCUACAAGGAUAUCCUUUCGGGUGACGAAAUCAUCUCCGACAGCUGGAAGCUUAUCGACGUCCCCGGCGGAGUCCUGUGGGAAUGUGACUGCAAGAAAUAUGCCAAGGGCACCGACACUUACCAACUCGAGGGCGCCAACCCCUCCGCUGAAGAGGGUGGGGAUGAUUACUCUGGUGAAGGUGGUGGUGCCGGAGAGAUGGUUCACGAUAUUGAGGAGUCCUUCCGGCUGAAUUGGCUGAAACCAGACGAGUCUGGUAAUGACCUCAAGCCCUCUAAGGAUGCUUUCAAGUCCCACCUGAAGUCAUAUGUAAAGAAAGUGAACAACAAGCUCAAGGAACAAGGAGCCAGUGAAGAAACCAUCAAGGAAUUCCAGGCUGGCGCCCCGGCUGCCGUGAAGAAGCUCCUCGCCAACUACGACAACUACGAUGUCCUUUUGGGCUCAUCCAUGCACCCUGACGGAAUGUACGUUCUCAUUGAUUUCCGUGAAGACGGCGUCACCCCCUACGCCACCAUCUGGAAGCAUGGUUUGGAGGGUAUGAAGGUCUAAAACCAAGAGGAAAGACACGAGGGAUACCUUGCUCAAGCUCAUUCUGUUAUCCUACCACAGCCAAUUGCAAUGGUAGCCGUUUCCGGACCAGCCUUCACACUCAUGCUCAUAAUAUGCAUCCUUCUGCCGUCUCAGGCAACGAACUAACUCCCCUGCCAACUCCAGCUAUUCUCUUUCCCCCAUCCACCCGGUGGGCUUGAAGGAAUUUGGCCCCGGCGUUAUCCCCCUCCCUCCCUCUUCCGUUUUCCAUAUCUUCGCGUUCUAUUUAUCCAUUCCCCAACCCCCAACCGCCCGCUUUCUUAAUCUACUAAACGCCUGACGAAAUAAAGCAAGUCCAGUUUUUCUCUCUAAUAAAUAAAAAAAUAAAAAAGGGAAAGAAAAGAAAACCUAUACAUUUAUUUAUUUAUUUUUUUAUUUUACAAGACAAGAGGAGUGAUCCGUUAAAAGCAUGGUUUUAAGAUGGAAUUGGGUUUUAAAAAAAUUGGCUUCCCAAGUUUAAUAAAGCCUUGGUAAAUCUAUAAUCGUACCCUGUUCACUUGAGAAAGGAAAGGGAGGGGGGAAAUAUUGUGAUUUACAGACAUACAUAGUAUCAGCUGCCGUAUUUCUCGCUGAUGAUGAGAAUAAAUAUGCCUAGGAGGAAUAUGUCCAUCAACCAGGAGUGAACGGAGAUACAUUAACAUUAACCAUAUUCAAAAGAGGAUAUCAUGUAGCUAACAAAACCAAAACUGGUCAAAAUUCAAAAUUCCACCCUCUCUCUACUCCUCUCACAUGCCAUUCUUCCGAUCCAAAUCCACUAUUUACAAUUCCGCGAAAUCAUCAGCUCCCGUGCCCGUCAUAAUAAUCAGCCACAAGCCCUAGGUCCCUUAAUACCGUAUCGGUCUCAUCUUUGCUUACCGCGGGUCCGUCACCGCCAUCAGCGGUAAUACCGAUUCUCCCAUUCCCACCCGGCCCUGUGCCCGUCCCUGCCCCGCCAGUAUUGAUGCUAUCAAGAUGCAUCAGGUCGUCAACGACAGGCAGCGAAGGUCCAAAGACGGCAUCCCACUGGUCCCAGUCGAAUUGCAAAUUGUGCGGGUCGAGGAUGGGGCUGGAGCUGGGGCUGGCGGAUUGGAAGGUGGGGUUGGGAUAGGGGCCUGGCUUGGGCUGAAUAUCGAUGUCGAUGUCGAUGUCGGAUGCGGUGGGGAUAGGUAGCGGCAUGGGGAGGUCGAGUGCUGUGGGGGUGUGGGAUGACGUAAAGGUGGGGACAUUAAGGGGGUCAUUGCUGUAGCUGCUGGCACUGUAGUUGGUAGAGGACGUGGGAAUGUUGAAUGGUCCCGGUGGUUUAGUGGUAUGGGUGGUGGUCGUGGUGGAUGUAGAGAACUGGUAAAUGGGGCCGUCGUUGAUAGGAGCACGUGGGAACGGGGACGCAGUUGCCCAGGGUUGUUUGGCGAUGUCGUCCGUCUGGGGGCUUUGAGAUGUACGGAGCCAAGGUAAUGGUGUAUCUGACUGUGGAAGUGUAGUUGUGGCGUAUUCCUGAGAGGAAACACCGAUGCCUUCCAGCUGGGUAUGGGAAUGGCUUUCUUGAGCGGUUUUGUCUAUUAUAUACGCAUUGUCUUUCCCACUCUGCGCCCGCGCCCGUUCUCGCUCCCGCUGCCAUUUCGUCGAUUGACUAUUACUGUGAACAUUAUGAUCAUACGGUUCCUUGAUGAGCGUAUAAUAACUAUCUGUAAAACUCUGGACCGAAGACUCUCGACGCUCUCUAGGAGCAUCCGUAGACAUAUGCCUAUUACUCGGGCGUCGAGCCUCCGCCUGUGCCUGCUCUGUCCAGAGAACACUCGGGUCAAGGCCUGCUUUGAGCCAGGCUUUCUCCCGCAGGCGCCGCAGCAUGUCCCACGCUUCACGGCCGCCGUCUCUGAGCGGUCGAGAUGUUGAUAUACCAUCUUCACCGCCCACCACGCCGCCAUCAGGGCCGGAAAGGGAGAAGAUCUUGUCGAUGAAGGCGCGGGAUUUAGGGGCCUCCGCGGUUUGCGGGCGUUCGUAUAGGUCAAUAAGCAUUAUCCUGCCCACGGGUAUUAGGAUGAAGGGCACAAAUACAUGUGUGGGGGGAAGUUUGGUGACAUACAUUGUGGCAUGCAUAGGUUGAUGGUUUCUGUGUUUUGAGUUUAGUUUUUGUCACCAAUGCAUUCUGGAGAGGCGAAGAGGAACUAACCCUGGCCAGCUCCAUUGGAAUGGCUGGAAGUCGGAAUCAGUAGCUAACAGGAUGAAUUUUUCCAUGAACCCAUGGCAAUGGCGAAUAGCUCUAGCUUGUAUUAGAAUUAUAUAUCAAAGUAACUUCUUAGGGCUAUGUUUGUGUAAAUAUAGAUGAAGGUGUAUGUAUACAUACCGCUGACGAGCAACUGGCCAUAUAUUACUUUUUGCAUUCUUCAAGAAAGGUUGAUAAGCAACACAAAAUGCCUAGAUCACCCGUCAGCAUAAACGUAAAGAAAUGAAGAGCCAAAAC